AUGUAUUUCAUUUAUUUCCUGACUUAUUGCCUCGUCACUCCAUCCUUCGCCUUCAUUAUUGGCGGUUGCAUUGGGCCAAAAUCCGUGCUGGAACGUUACCUAAAUCCGACACAAAAAGCACAACUGCGAGAACUCGUCCACACCAUGUUUGACGGGAAUAACGCGGAACAGGUGGUGACAACUGCUAACACUUAUGUUCAUAAUGUGAUCUCUCAACAACAAUGGCAAAGUAUUCUUCCUGAGCUGAGAAAUUAUCAGGCUCUAAGGCGGGAGUGUUCCAUCUACGCUCAACUAUUACCUAGUGACAUGUAUAAGCAACUCUUGAAUUCUGUCUACAAAGCCACUCAAUUGGGUGCAGCUGAUCAAGAUUUGAAGCGUCUUGUUGAGGACUACGUUGAUCGUGCAAUUCGUUCCGGACUCAUUGGACAAAACAAACCUUCCGGAAAUCCCACAAACCAACGGAAACCCUCAUUCAAACCAAGAAUACGUUACUAUCCACAACGCAUCAUCAAUGAAAAUGUUCUUGUGACCAAGCCACCUUUUCCAAGAGUUUAUCCGUUUUUCACUACGGAUGCUCCUCUACUUACGAACAAUUUUCAGAUAUAUGAACGAAGAGGACCGCAAGUAGGAUAA